AUGUUCCAGCACCUGGACUACAACAACUUGGCCCACCCAAGAUCAACAAUGAGCGAUGGGGACUUGAACGUCGACAACCUCAUCACGCGACUUCUCGAAGUGAGGGGAUGCCGCCCGGGCAAGACCGUCUCGAUGACGGAGAGCGAGAUCAAGGCGCUGUGCAUCAAGUCGAGGGAGAUAUUCCUCUCGCAGCCGAUCCUGCUCGAGCUCGAGGCGCCGCUCAAGAUAUGCGGUGACAUCCACGGCCAGUUCAACGACCUGCUGCGCCUGUUCGAGUAUGGAGGAUUCCCGCCCGAAGCCAACUAUCUCUUCCUCGGCGACUACGUCGAUCGCGGAAAGCAGAGCUUGGAGACAAUCUGUCUGCUCUUGGCCUACAAAGUCAAGUACCCGGAGAACUUCUUCCUGCUGCGCGGCAACCACGAGUGCGCCUCCAUCAACCGCAUCUACGGAUUCUACGACGAGUGCAAGCGGCGCUUCUCGAUAAAGCUGUGGAAGACGUUCACCGACUGUUUCAACUGUUUGCCGAUCGCCGCGCUCAUCGACGAGAAGAUCUUCUGCUGCCACGGAGGGCUGUCGCCCGAUCUGCAGAACAUGGAACAAAUCCGUCGCAUCAUGCGCCCUACCGAUGUCCCGGACACUGGACUUCUUUGUGAUCUGCUGUGGUCGGACCCGGACAAGGACGUACAAGGCUGGGGCGAGAACGACCGUGGCGUCUCCUUCACGUUCGGCCCGGAUGUCGUCGCCAAGUUUCUCAACCGCCACGAUCUCGACCUGAUCUGCCGCGCGCAUCAGGUUGUCGAGGACGGCUACGAGUUCUUCGCGAAACGCCAACUGGUGACGCUCUUCUCGGCCCCGAACUACUGCGGCGAAUUCGACAAUGCGGGCGGCAUGAUGAGCGUCGACGAAACCCUGAUGUGCUCCUUCCAGAUUCUGAAGCCAUCAGAGAAGAAGGGCAAAUAUCCGUACCCACCAACGAACCCUAACCGGCCGGGCACCGUCGCGUCGGGCAAAAAGAAA